AUGGCAAAUAUUCUUUCUGAAGCAAAAACUAUUUCUCAAGUAGAAUGCUUACUUCAAACAUUAUUUGGAGUUAUAGCCGGCUACAAUGAAAUGCCAUUGUUGGCUGUAAUGGCAUAUGACAGAUAUAUUGCCAUUUGUAAUCCAUUGAGAUACUCCAGCCUUAUGACAAAAAUGAGGAUGUGCAUCCUUUUAAUAGUACCAUGGCUGUACUCAUUUUGUAUUGCUGUGCCAUUCCUUUUUCAAGCCCUCAGUCUUCCAUUAUGUGGUAAGUUUAUAGUAGGCAUAUGUUGUGAUUUCCAAGCCUACAUAAAGUUAUCAUGCACUAAUGUGUCUGUUAACAAUAUAUAUGAGACAUGUAUAUCAGUGAUUCAUACUGCCAUGCUGAUUGUUGUUAUUGUUUAUUCCUAUGUGCAGAUCUUUAAAGUCUGUUACAGGACUUCCAGUGGUACUAAGUCUAAAGCCCUUAAUACCUGCAUGACGCACUUACUGUUGUUGUUUACGUAUUUAUUGGGUGGCCUUCUGGUAUUUUUUCAACUGCGUAUGGGCAAUGUCAGUGCCUUAGAUUUUGUACAGCUCUUUAUGUCACUCUUAUUCUUCAUGAUUCCUUCUCUUUUCAAUCCAUUAAUCUAUGGGAUUCGAACCCAGGACAUACGAAAAGCUAUUCAAAAAGUCAUUACAAACAGCAUGCUGUGCUCCAUUGUCAACAUUUAA